CGUAGAAGUCGUCUUUAACGGCCACCGCCGGUGACUCUUCGUCGUUGCUGAAAAAUUUAGCUGUGACGGCAGAAAAUGGAGACUGAACAUCUUCCCAUCCGGGCAGCUCUUCAGAAACACGGCGAAUUAAAAGAUCUCCAUGUCGGGAUAUUUUUCCUGGCAAUUAUAAAUAUCUUCCGACAGGUGGAAAGAGCAAAAACAUGUCAGCAGAAUGAAGCCCAGCAGGUAUGUAUCCAUGGUGAAAGUGAUGCCAUGGAUGAAAUAGUUAAUCAAGAAUCUAAUCAACGGUCAGAUUUGAUUCGGGACUUGGAGUCCCGGGUUCUUGGAAGAGUUUCACCUGGAGUGCGAACUUGAUUAAUGGCAUAUGGGCUGGAUAGGUCACUAAAAUACAUACAAAUGGUUUGCCAGUCUACGUCUUCGAUCAGAGGUGUCGAGCCCCUUCGAAUCGUGGAAAAUCGGCUCCAAAAUUCGUGUGAAGAAUUCCUGAAAUUGGUGUAUUCUUUGCCUUCUUCACACUCUUAAUCUUCGAUUCUUCUCUGUUUGUUCGCUUUUUUUGUGCUUUUUGUCGCUAGCUGGAGCGUGAUCUCAAUUCAUUUGUUACGAGCUCUGUUUCGGUGAGGGCUUCGUGCUGCGAUAGUCCUAUUCGCAGAUUCUGAAUCGUUGCUAGACAGAUUAUCGUGUUUCUAUGGGUGAAUUCAAUUUGUAUUUCCUGGUCGUUGCCGGAAUUUGAUAUUGGGAAGGGUAUUGUGGAUUCGGCGUACAGUGUCCUGGUUUCCGGAGGUGUGUAUGUAUGAGUCCUUCGUGUUUGAUUUAGAUCUGAGUGUCAUAUCCCCCAAAAUUUUAUUGAUACUGAGAUUGGAAUGCGAUGGAUUUCGUGACAUCGAUUCGGUUCGUUUGAUUAAUCUCAGUCGGUGGUCUUUGUUGGGGAGAGUAGAAUUGUUGAAAAUGGAAUCACCGAGCGGGAUGCGACUCAACUCGAAUGCAUUCAAUCGAGAGAUAGACGAGGGAAGCAAACGGUUGGAGAUUGAACAUUUCGAACUAGAGACGUCUGGGCAUGAUAUUCCCUCUGAUCACCAUUUUCAUUCCAUGAGUGCUCUAGAAAUUUUGAGGGAAACCGUCAGGAUUCUCCGGUACAAUUCAUCAGGGUUUAUGGCAAUUGCUGCAGUGUUAAUUUGUCCUGUUUCAGCUGUAUUUCUGACCAAUGUCUUGGUUGAUCAAUCUCUAGUGAAGAGGCUGACAUUGAGGCUGUUGCUAGUUGCAAAAUCCGGCGGACUUCCUCUAAAGCCCUUUGUCAAACAAUCGUGUCUGAAAUUGUCGGAGACAUUUGUUUCAUUUGGAAUGUGCUUCCCAUUGUUCAUUACAUUGUUACUUUUGUCGAAGGCUGCCGUGGUUCAUUCAGUCGACUGUAGUUACUCAAGGAAGAAGUUCGAUGCAUCCAAGUGUUACGCUGUUAUUCUGAAGGUAUGGAGGCGGAUUGUGUACACAUAUUUGUGGGCUAGUUUGACGAUCUCUGGUUGCGUCACUCUGUUCCUCGUCUUCCUCAUCAUAAUCAGCGCCAUUGUAUCAAUCUUGGGGUUCCCAGAGGACUUGAUUAUCUAUCCUGCUGUGGCAGCAGGAUUGAUAUUCUCCAUCAUCAUAGGAAAUGCUGUUAUUAUUUGCAACACUGCUGUUGUGAUAUCUGUUCUUGAGGAUGUCUCGGGGCCAACAGCAUUGCUAAGGUCUAGUUUGCUGAUUAGGGGACAGACCCAAGUUGGGCUCUUGAUAUUCCUUGGAUCGACACUAGGAAUGGCGCUCAUAGAAGGGCUUUUUGAGCAUCGGGUAAAGACACUCAGCUACGGAGAUGGCUCUUCCAGGAUAUGGGAAGGGCCUCUUCUCGUGGUGAUGUAUUCGUUCAUUGUGCUGAUCGACUCAAUGAUGAGUGCAGUUUUCUACUUCAGCUGUAAAUCAUACCGUCUAGAAUCUGCAUAUGAAGAAAGGGAAAGCGAAACCGCCUUGGAAGCCUAGACUAUUCAAUCAGACCCACCAUUAUCAUCAAGAUACCGUUCAUGGCGUAGGAAGAAUUCUACAGGAAGGAUCACAAACCUACGUUGCUUAUGCAGUUUUGCAGAGGGACCAAUAUAAAGUACUCAGCCAGUUUAUCAAUAAGUUCGAUAUACCUGAGGAAGGCAGCAGCUGGAUCUUUCCUGAAGAUUGUAAUUUCUACAACUAUACUUUCUACCAAAAGUUUUGUGAAAGUAAUGUCACACUCCUGAUUUCAAUUCCUCUCUUCAAUAGAGUUUCAAUUGAAUUUUACUCUUUGUUUCUCUGUGCAAUAGUUGAUCUUUUUACUGCGGUAACUCCCGAUAGAUUCUAGAAUACACUCCUGUGAGUCAGAUGCAAUAUGAAUCCAUUGCAAAGAAAACUAUACAGCGUGUUUGAAUGGAUAGGUAUUAGGUAGGACUGAGUGAAGUUUCUACUUAUCAUCUAUAAAAAAUAAAUGAAGAUAGCUAUUGCUGUUGACCCAAAACUUGGACCUUUUCCAUCUUACUAAACACUAAAUUUUCUGCAACCUUUACUUCUUUAAAUCUAGCCUUAAUUCUUCUCUGAUUCCAAUCUUUUACAGGGUUCCUAAUCUUCUUUAACCAUGUCAGCCAGUAAGCCAACCCUCUGGGGAUUAUUAUCUGACACUUAUGUUGUGAUUAGAUCUCAUUUCCUCCAUUUUCUGGUCCUAGCAGCCUUCUUCAUCUUCCCCAGCUCCAUUCUAUCCAUCAUUUACCCCCUUUUUGUGCCCCAAGCUCCAUCUAAUCUCAGUUUGCAUCAAUCCCUCUUGUUCACUACCCCUUCAGAGCUUCAUGAUGAGAUCCCUCCAACUGGUGACUUCCAGUUCCUUAUUCCAUUUCUUUUUGGGCUUGUUGAAACACUCUUCUAUCUAUGUGCUAUAGCUUCUAUCACCUACAGCACUUUUGGUAGCUUAAACGGCAAGCCCUUGAAGCUUAUUCUUUCACUGAAAUCAGUUCUGGUUUCAUUCCUCCCUCUUCUUGCAACCACCGUUGUUCUUCAAUUAAUUUAUGUAUUGAUAGUUAUUGCUUUUGUUAUUCUUGCCUUAUUGUCGUACAAUGCGAUUUCACUGAUGGGAUUCGUCAUGGACUAUGACACUGGAUAUUUUCUUGCCUUUGUUAUGUUGCUGUCUGCUCUGCUUGUCUUGGCAAUACUUUACUUGCAGGUGAAGUGGUUUCUUGCAACAGUCGUCGUGGUACUGGAAUCCAAAUGGGGUUUCGAGCCAUUGAAAAGAAGCACAUAUUUGGUGAAGGGGAUGAAAGGGAUGGUGCUUUCGACGAUUUUAGUGCUUGCAACUCCUAGUUUUCUGCUGUCAUUUGGUUUCUACAGAUUGAUAACCUCCAUGAGUGCAGGUGGAAUCAGUUGGAGCUAUGCAGUGUUGGCUACUCUCUUUUCAGUCAUUGCAACUAUGUUGCAACUAUUUGAUGUGGCUGCAAUAACAGUUAUGUAUGCUUAUUGCAAAGCUUGGCAUGGCGAAGACACAUCUAUGAUCGACGAGGAAUUGGGAAUGGGCUACGCUAAACUGUCUGCCAAUUGAUCGAAAGCUACUUAUCCUGUCAAUGUUGUAAAAAUUUGAGUACUUUGUGAUCUUGUAAUAUUACUACCCUGUUGCUCUUUUUGCUGUUAAAUAGCCUGUCCGAAAGCCUCUGUUUGUGAUACGGAAAUAAAAGAUGUUUGAAGUGGUGAGGUUUGAGUAA